GGACUCCAUAUCGGAUUCACCGCCGGAGGAGGACCGUCCCAUACUCACUCUCCAAAGACCGCCGUGUCUGCUACGAACAUUUACCUUUAUACCGAUACCAGUUAAAUAUCGUUUUGCUUUACUCCAAGCCUCCUUUACAAUGUGAAGAAAAUGGCCGGGACAAGCUCUGAUUGGGUAGAGAUCCUGGAGCCACGCUCCCGUGAGCGCAUGUAUGUUAACCUGACCACUGGCGAGUGCGGCUGGGAUCCCCCUCCAGGCGUUCCUGUGCGGCAAUCAGACGGUAACCAGUGGUGGGAGCUGUUUGAUCACCACAGUGGCCGCUUUUACUACUACAACUCUACUGGGCGACGCACAGUCUGGCAUCGACCCCAAGGAGCAGAUAUUGUACCCCUGUCCCAGCUCCAGGCCAUGAGGCGAUGCAGUGAGGCCAAGCGGGCUGGAGGAGGUGUGGACAGGCAACACCAUGGAACGACUGGAAGUAUCAGCAGUGUAGGGAGCCAAGGGCCCUGCACUCCUCAGCCUGAGCAGGACGGAGACAGCCCUGUCCCCAGACCUCUGGAGACCAAUGAAGAGGCUGCUAAUGUCAAGCUGGACCCCUCAGUGGACAGCAGAGUGCAGGGAGAUGGAAGCAGUAGCGAAUACAGCUCAGAAGGCAGUAAAAACCCUCAGAGGGACACUUCUCAAAGAUGGCAGCCUGCACCAGGAUCUAAAGCAGCCAUGUUGGUGAAGGUGAACAGCAUGAGCCGUAACCAGCCAGGCCCAACCUUGCCACAGCAGCAGCACCUCCAGCACAGUGCACAAAGCAAAGCUAACACCAUCACCCUGCACCCCUCUGGAAACAAGUCUCAAGGAGGACAUAUAAGCUCUACUCAGGGAUAUAAAACAGCACCUUCUGGCAAAAUGGCAGCCGAUACCCGUCAGGCCCAUCACCUGAGAAAAGCCAGCAAUGGCAGCUUCUGUUUGGUGACAUCAGACAGUAGCCAUCCCAGUCCACUCCUUCACAGGUCACAGACCAGCACACCUCGCCCAAUCUCUCCGCAGUAUGGUUGCACUGCCCCAAUCUAUGACGAGCCAGUUUCAGAGUGUCCCAUAUAUGAUGAACCCCCAAUAGACAUGGAGGUGGAGGGGGCACACCUGUACAACGGACAGCCUCUGUCUCGCCUGACACCUACUCAUAGCCUCCAAAAGCCCAGACACCUCCAGCACCCUGGUCCUGCUCAUCCAGGGUCCAGACAUAGAAGAAACCCCUCAGCCUCUGACUAUAGUCCAGCUGGUCUGGAGUGCAUUAGGCACAUGGUCAACGUGGAUCCCAAACAGGGGCCCCCAACAGGAUCUCCAGUGCCCACACGUGCCCCUUCCCCUACCUCCAGGCAGGAUCCUAUCUUGACCCAGCCUCAGCCACAUCCACAUCCACAGCAUCAGGCACACUCUUUGCCCCAGACUCGAGGUCAGAUUAGGGACAGAGAGCAAGGGCCACCCGGCCCAAGUACACUGGACAAGAAGCAAACCUGGAGGGUUCUUGAGGCCACUGUCCAGCGUGCCAUGGAGGCCCGACACAGCAGGCAGAGCAGCCAGGCCUCACAAGACUUCCCCUCCUCGACCCCCCAGGCUACAGCAAACUACCAAGACUCUGGUUACUCAACUGGCCCCUCCCCAAGUCUGAGAAGGAAGAGCAGGAGAAGGGUUGGAGCUGGUAGCGGUGCAGGGGGCAGGCCAGGGUCAGUAGGCAGCAGCGGGGAGCUGUGUGCCCUAAAUGAGAGACUGAUGGCAGAGAUGAGGGAGGUGGUUAGUCGCUCCAACACCAUGAGGGAGGUAAGAGCAGGGCUGGACCCAGAGAUGGGGGAGAGGGUUGCCGUACCAGGGACACGUUCCCCUGUGGACUCACUUAGGUGGUAUGGAGGAGGGGGAGGUGGGUCAGCAGGCAGGUGUGCAUCACGAGAGGACAUCAGCGGGGCUUCCCGAUCACUGAGUAGGGCCGGUACCCAUGGCAACCCGGUGCUGACUCCUCUUGAGAUACCUGGCAGACAGAAAAGGACCUAUGAAAAGGUGGACACCUUGGAAAUGAGUGUGAAUAGCCAGGCCAGCCUGUCCUCACCAGAGACCCCAGGACCACCCUCACAGACGGGCACCCUAGAGCUGCAGGUUCAGCUAGAAAGCAGGAAGAAAGGCAUGGUGGAUGGUCGGACUGCUUCCCUGGGCCCCCAUCGUUCCGCCAGUCAUGACAACAGUGAGGGAGGUGAUGGGGCAGGAGACAGAGCACAAGGAUCCUCCUACCAGCUCUCCUACGCCACUCUGCGGCAGCCCCCGCCUCCAGCAAUGGGUAUGGAGGACUGGGCCAGCAAGCACCUUAACAUGCACACUCAAGGCCUGUUCCGUCGCCGCGUCUCCAUUGCAAACAUGCUGUCUUGGAACCGUGGAUCCAUCAAAAAGCCCAUGCUGGUCACCAGCAACCGUGCUGUUAGGAAAGAGGCCUGCGAGAUGUUCAAGCUGGUGCAGGCCUACAUGGGAGACAGGCCUUCACGUCUGGACCGCCGUCACUCCGCCCUGCUCAUUGUCACCAAGUGCUGGGACAUGCCGGGGCUGCGGGACGAGCUGUACAUACAGUUGGUAAGACAAACCACAGGCAACGCCAGCCCAAGAAGCUUGGCAGCAGGAUGGGAGCUGAUGGCUGUCAGCUUGGCCUUUUUUGCCCCCUCGCCUAAGUUCCGCUGCUACCUAGAGGGCUACAUCCAGAGACACACGGAGCCUACCAGCGACAAGAAAUGUGAGUCUCAGACUGAGCAACAGGUGAGUGAAUUCAUAUUGGAUCAGCAGGAACUAAAGCUGAAGAAGAAUUCAAAGUCCAGAAAGAAACGGAAACAAAACACAGACGAGGAAGAAGGUCUGCCUAUAAGCACAUAUGCAAAGUUCUGCCAUCGGAAACUGCUGAAGGUGGCGAUCACAGGGGGCAAAAAGGGUCUACGUAAGCCCACCUUGGAGGAGAUCGACCACAGUAGGCGGGCCAUCAUCACCCCCUCCCUGUUUGGCAGUUCACUGGAAGAGGUGAUGGAGAGGCAGAGUGAGCUGUUCCCAGACAGAAAACUGCCUUGGGUGCAGGUUCAACUUUCCCAGUAUGUUCUUGCUCUGGGCGGGGCUCAGACAGAGGGCAUCUUCAGAGUGCCAGGAGACAUCGAUGAAGUGAACGCGUUGAAGCUCCAGGUAGACCAGUGGAGGAUCCCAGAGAAUCUCUCUGACCCCAACGUUCCUGCAUCUCUGAUGAAGCUCUGGUAUCGAGAGCUUGAGGAACCUCUUAUACCAAUGAACUUCUACAAGCAGUGCGUUAAUAACUGUGAUGACCCAGUGGCAGCAAUCGCCGUGGUUCAGUCUCUGCCUGAUCUUAACAGGCUGGUGCUUUGCUACUUCAUCCACUUCCUGCAGGUAUUCGCUCAGCCAUCUAACGUGGCUAUAACCAAGAUGGAUGUGAACAACCUGGCCAUGGUGAUGGCGCCCAACUGCCUUCGAUGCCAGUCCGAUGAUCCACGUGUCAUCUUUGAGAACACACGCAAGGAGAUGUCCUUCCUGAGAAUGCUCAUUGUUCACCUGGACACCAGUUUCAUCGAAGGGGUUGUGUAGACACUGUAGACCAUAGAGCCCCCCUCUCGGUGCUGAAUCAGGACACAAGCUUCUCCAGUUACACAUUUACAAUCAUGCAUAAACACUGUUUCUGUUCAGACCACACUGGAAACUCAUGAGGCGAUAUAUAACACCUCUUACAACACAAAGAGUGAGAACACAGCUUGGACUUUGGUCCCUUCUUCUUACUUACUUUCAGAAUGAAAGACACAAUAGAUUAGGUUUCACUGUGUUUUUUAGAUGAAAAUACAGUGGUAACUGCUGCAUGUGAAAACAGAGUUACUUUUUCAUGUCUUACCAAAUGGGUAUUACUAUGGUUUAAUUGGACAACAAGCUGAGUAAACUGAGAGUGCAGAUUUACUUAAUAAAUAUUUACUUGCACAUUAAAGAAAAAAAAAACAAUAUUGUUUGAAGCUCAGCUUUUUCAAAUCUUUGGUUUCAUUCAGGAGUGUGUGUUGUGUGGGUAUAUGAUUGUUAAGUGUGAACGAAAAGACAGCAUUUAUCUAUCAUGUACAGAACAUUUGAAAAUAUUCAAAGUAAAGAAGUUUGAGACUAUGUUUGAGACUAAAUGCAAACUUUUGUAUUUGUCUCGUUAAUAAACUUGCCUGUGCUGUUUUGAUUAGUUGAACUGAUACUGGUCAGUUUACGACACAAGAAGCCGCACAACCACAGUCGUGUUGAUACAGAGCCGUCAUUUCAAAGCACAAGCUGAUAGGAAGUUCAGAAAAGCUCUUAGUAAUGGAUGGAAGCAUUCAAAGACAUAGAGUUAAAAAAAAAUAAACACUCAAGUGGAACAAGACAAGAGUGUUAUGUGGGUGUCAGUUAUUCAACUGAUAAGACUGUGUCCCAUUAUUAUCAACAAGUCAUCAAUGGAAUUGUGUUCUCUUCUUUUUUUGGUCUGUAUUUUCUCUAGCUCAGGUCUGAUUAAAAACACGUGUUUUGGUUGUUAUAAUGUCCAUGACCUCCCUCACAGAAAAACAUUAUAAAUCUGACACAAACACCUGAACUGAGUUUUUAAAUGCCAAGCACUAUAUGAGAAUUUUUGUGCAUCUAUUUAGUCCUGUCUCAGGCUUCUCCCUUGUAAAUAAAUUAUAAGUGUAAAUAGUAUUAAGUCUCCUUGAAUAUAUUCUAAUGGCCUGUGUUGAGAGUGAAGUUAAAUGUUGCUGUAAAUAACAAUAAAAGGUGUUUUUGUAAUUAACUGUUAUUUCUCUGCUGUAAUCGCCUCCCUUUUGAAUACAGGACUGAUACAAACCACUUUACAUGUGUGUGUAUGUGUGUUUGCAUACCUUCUUGUUGUAAUAUUGAAUGGCUGUCCAUAAAUAAAGAUUUGUUUGAUUGUA